AUGACAUCGACUCCGCCCAAGAAUUCGCUCGAUAGCGACGAGCACUCGCUUGAAACCACCGACACUCGACCCUCGCGCAUCUCCCACGCUGCCCACCACCCUCGGCAAAAGUCCAUCCAGUUCAACAUCGGCGGGUCAGAACCUCAACAAGUUUCGUCCCGGGCUUCCAGUCUCGCGGGGCGCAAGCGCUCGCAGCAGAACGACGACAAAGCUCGAGGACAUUCGCCUCCGCCACCGCAAACCUACGAACGAGGUGUUUCCUUCAACACGUUCGACAAUCCCGACGCCCCGGACUUUUCGCUCACCUUGAACUACAAACAUAAAGGCUAUCAGUCGACUCGGCGCAGUCGUACGUUUCUCUGCGGCACCGACCAGAACGAUUACUCGGACUUUGCGCUCGAAUGGCUGAUCGACGAGUUGGUGGACGAUGGCGACGAGAUUGUCUGUCUUCGCGCGGUCGAGAAGGAUUCGACGAUUGCAAGCGACGCGGGAAUCGAAGCGGGCAAGUACCGCAAAGAGGCAGAAAAGCUGUUCGAGCAGGUGAUCCAGAAAAAUAGUCAGAAUGAGAAGGCUAUCAGCUUAGUGUUGGAACUGGCGGUCGGGAAGAUUCAGGAAAUAAUCCAACGCAUGAUUCGAAUCUACGAGCCAGCCCUCCUUGUCGUCGGUACACGUGGCCGCAGCCUUGGUGGCGUUCAAGGGCUCCUUCCGGGCUCUGUCUCCAAGUACUGUUUACAACAAUCGCCGAUCCCCGUUAUUGUGGUCCGACCGUCUACAAAGCGCGAAAAGAAGAAGAAGAAGCGUCUUGCGGAUCCGACUCGGCGCAGCUACAAUAAUAUAUUAGAAAUGAGCGAGCGACGGGGGAGUCACAUUUUUGACGGCGGUUCCAGCACGGAAAGCACUGUCUCGCGGCUACCGGGUGAAGAGGCAGCGGUUGCCGCGGCGUUGGGUCUGCCUAAGACCUACACCAACUCGCGCAGCUCCCUUUCCACAUCCGAGAGAAGCAGUGGCAGCCACGACGAUGCGGACUCGCCAUCUCCGAACGCGGAUAUCGACACUGCCAGGAGCCCGGCGACGCAGAGCCCUGAAACCACCGAGAGUGACACGGGAACAGAUGAGGAGCCGUCGCAGCAUCAACCAUCCGAUCGCAACGGCAGCGUCUCGACGCAAGGAAGUACCGCCUCCACGGCAUCGACCACCGAAGACGAGCCGGUGAACUCUACGGGCGCCAGUGAAAACCAGACUCGGUUCAAAGAUAAUAUCCCGGUGAUCGUCACCCCGGAUGAUAGCUCCAGUUCGAAGACCCAGAACUCUUGA